UCACUAUAACAAUUGCAAAGACUACAACUAGAAACAGUCGUUAAUCGGCGAAUGCUCGAUCAACUUUGAAAUAACCACUGUUCUAUUUUUAUUGUCUUCGAGUAUUCAAUCUUUUCAUCUGACUAUCAUGUAUCUCAGUUUAAGUCUCUUCUUUUUGUUUAUUUUUCCAGUUAAGUCAGAAGUUAAUAAUCCAAUUGUUGAAACUAAAUAUGGAAAAAUUAUGGGAAAAUGGAUGAAAACAUUCUGGAAUAUACCAGUUGCUGCUUAUCUUGGAAUCCCUUAUGCUGAACCACCUAUUGGGGAGUUGAGAUUUAAGAGUCCAAAACCAUGGCAACAAUCAUGGAGGAUUACACGAAAUGCAACAAAAGAUGGACCUAUUUGUGCUCAACUGAAUCGAAAUAAAGAAUAUUUGGGAAAUGAAGACUGCCUCUAUCUCAACAUUUUUGUUCCUGAAAUGGCUGAAGGAGAAAAAGUGCCUGUUCUCGUUUUUAUACAUGGAGGUGCAUUUAUUCUUGGGAGUAAUAAUAGUACAUUCCUUCAACCGACGUACUUAUUAAAUCAAAAAGUCAUUUUAGUCACACCAAAUUAUCGACUUGGAAUAUUAGGGUUUCUUAGCAGUGGUAAUCAGGCUUCACCUGGAAAUUACGGUCUCAAGGAUGUAGUCCAAGCUUUAAAGUGGAUACAAGAGAAUAUCGAAGUCUUUGGUGGUGAUCCAAGUUCAGUAACAUUGUGCGGACAUAGUGCUGGUGCUUCACUUGUUCAUCAUUUGGCUUUGUCAAAACGUACAGAAGGCCUCUUUGACAAGCUUAUCACUCAGUCGGGUACAGCUAAUGCACCUUGGGGCAUACAUUCAAGCUUCAGUGCAAAGAUUCGGUAUGUUGCACUAGCCAUUCAACUCGGAUGUUCCACUGACCGAAAAAUUAUAGACAUGGAUGACUCAUUUGAUGAACAUCAAUAUGACAACGUUCUUGAAGAUGAUAUGCGAAUUCUUGAUUGCUUGUUGGAAAAGAGUCCAAGACAGCUUACAGAACAACUUAUGCUGUUUCAAGCAUGGCAAGAUCAACCAUACUGCAAUUUCGGACCAACGAUAGAGCCUGAAUCCGAAGAUGCGAUAGUUACAAAACAUCCAAUGUCUGUUAUUGAAAACGGAGAGUUCCGUGAUAUUCCUUGGAUAAAUGGAGUAGUUGCUGACGAAGGAUUACUUAAGACGUGGGAAUUAAUUAACGAUGAUCAUACGUUAUUCACUUUAUUGAAUCGAUUCGAUGAAGUUGCACCUAUAUUACUGGAAAUGGAAGAAAUUUUAGACAAUUACGAUUUUUUUAUUAACAAAAUUAUGGAUUUCUAUUUCCCUACUUUUACUGAUGAUGAAACUAAUGACACUUUAUCUAUUAAAACUAAUCUCACUGCGUUAGCAGGUGACGGAUUAAUAACCUACUGGUCGUAUGAAGCAAUAAAUACCCAAGCUCUAAAAAUGCAAUCAAAUGCAUACUUUUACGAAUUUGGAUAUAUUGAGUCAUACAAGGAGGCAUUUUUAAAAGAUGGUCCGAUAUUUGCAGGUGUUGGCCACGCAGACGAGUUAAAUUUUUUGUUUGCAAGCUUUACGUCACCGGAUAAUCCGCAUAUUUUAUUAUCUGAUGACGAAGUGAUGAUCAACAUUAUGACCGAAAUGUGGGCUAAUUUCAUGAAAACAGGAAUACCAAGCGCCCAACUAACACCAGAUUGGGAACCGUAUCGAGUGGAUUUCCGAUUCAUGAAGCUCGGCAUGGGAAGAUCGCCGGAUAUUUCAAUGCAGAAGGACUUCCUACCGAUUAGAAUGGAGUUCUGGCGAGAUCUUAUGGGUAAUGUGUCCGUAUCUAGAGAAAUUUCCUUUCCAAAUAUCAACGAAAAAGAAGAAGAUGCUGAUCAGCAUGAAGAAAAUUCAACUGCCAGUAGAAAUGUAUUGCUACAUUUAUUUGUAAUGUUACCGCUAUUUCUUCCAAUACCGUUCUUUGUUUAGUCAUCGUUUAAUCAUACCUAACAGAGAAUACACAAUAUCAAAA